UUGCUUAUGUACAUAUAUGCACAAGAUCAGUUGAAUUUGAUACACUGUUGAGAGUGGAAGAUACAUUUAUAGAAAGCAGUAUGCAGAACGUUGGAACAUUACGUGGAAAAACACUCUUUAUUACUGGAGCAUCUCGGGGAAUCGGUAAGGCGAUUGCAUUGAAAGCUGCGCGAGACGGUGCGAAUAUUGUAGUAGCUGCAAAAACAGCUGAUCCACACCCGAAACUACCAGGAACUAUUUAUACAUCCGCAGAAGAAAUUGAAAAAGCUGGUGGUAAGGCAUUGGCAUGCGUUGUUGACGUACGCGAUGAGACACAAGUGCGAUCAGCGGUGCAGCAAGCAGUGCAGAAAUUCGGCGGAAUUGAUAUUUUGGUUAACAAUGCCAGCGCAAUAUCACUGACGUCAACAUUGAAAACCGACAUGAAACGAUACGAUCUAAUGAAUGGAAUUAACAGUAGGGGCACAUUUUUAGUUUCUAAAGAAUGCCUGCCUUAUAUAUUAAAGAGUAAUCAUGGACAUAUUUUAAAUAUUUCCCCACCCCUUACACUAAACCCACGUUGGUUUGGAUCAAAUGUUGCCUAUACUAUAGCCAAAUAUGGUAUGUCAAUGUGUGUACUGGGUAUGGCUGAAGAGUUCAAGGCACAAGGGGUAGCUGUGAAUGCACUAUGGCCACGCACGACUAUUCACACGGCCGCGAUUGAGAUGUUACGCGGUGCCGAGGGAGCUAAAUAUUCUCGUAAACCUGAGGUAAUGGCGGAUGCCGCAUAUGUAAUACUUUGCCGUGAUCCGCGCACAUGCACUGGUAACUUCUUCAUCGAUGAGGAAUUACUUACUGAUGUCGGAGUAAAUGAUUUCAAACACUACGCCUGCUAUCCAGAGAAUGCAGGUCAGCUAGAAUUGGACGGAUUUUUGCCGGAUAAAUACUACAAGUCCAUGCUAUAA